AUGGAUGUCGACGCGGAAAAGAAUGCGCAAGCUACGGCGACUGCAUCCCAUGGCAUCGCCGACCACGGAUAUGUGGCGGAAGAUAAGCUACGACGUUCGCUGUCCGCGCGCCAGGUUCAGAUGAUAGCUAUCGGAGGUACCAUCGGGACUGGUCUUUUUCUGGGGACGGGAAAAGCAUUAGCGACCGGCGGACCGGCUUCGUUAUUACUUAGUUAUGCUAUCGUGGGAGGCAUCGUGUUCGUGACGAUGUUGUGUCUUGGUGAGAUGGCUGCUUUUGUUCCAGUGGCUGGCUCCUUUUGUUCCUUCUCGGCGCGUUAUCUAGAUGACGCCUGGGGUUUCGCUCUGACGUGGAAUUAUUGGUUUAACGAUGCUGUGUCUACGGCUGCUGAUCUAGUUGCCUUGCAGCUAAUCCUCCAGUAUUGGACCGAUACCUUCCCGUGGUAUGCUCUCGGCCUUAUCAUUUGGUUCUUACUCAUCUUGGCCAAUAUUAUAAACGUACGGGCCUAUGGUGAAGUAGAGUACUGGCUGUGUCUUCUAAAGGUCAUCACCAUUGUCAUAUUCAUCAUCCUGAGCAUCGCUGUAAACGUCGGCGGAAACACGACACACGAAUAUAUCGGUGCGCGAAACUGGUAUAUUGGCGAUGCUCCCUUCGUGGGAGGUAUUGGUGGAUUUGCUAGUGUCUUUGUAACCGCAUCUUUUGCUUACGGCGGCACUGAGUCGAUCGCUAUCACUGCCGGUGAGACUAAGGACCCGGCUCGCCAGCUACCGCGCGUUGUUAAGAAUGUCUUCUGGCGGAUCCUGUUCUUUUAUAUCCUUGGUUCUCUGAUGAUCGGCCUUAAUGUGCCGUAUAACUAUCCAGGCCUCAAUUCUAAAAAUACUCGUACAUCUCCCUUCACUAUCGCUUUUCAGCUAGCUGGGUCUAAAGUAGCAGGGUCCUUCGUCAACGUUGUUAUCCUUACAAGUGUUAUUUCGGCAGGAAAUCAUGCGCUUUUCGCUGGGUCUCGUCUAUUAUACACCUUAUCUAUUAAUGGUCACGCGCCGAAGGUGUUUGGACGUUUGACUCGAUUCCAGGUCCCUUGGGUAUCUGUCCUCUUCACCUCGUUCAUUUCCGGUCUGCUGUUUGGCGCAUCUUUUAUCGGUGCAGGCCAGCUGUGGACGUGGUUGCAAAACCUUGUUGGUGUCUCUAAUCAGCUAUCAUGGAUCAGCAUUGGUGUCGCAUCGCUACGGUUCCGUGCCGGCUUGAAAGCACAGGGAAAGGAGCAUCUCUUGCCCUUCAAGAACUGGACAUAUCCGGCAGGACCAAUCAUUGCCAUCGUACUAAACAGCUUUAUCGUUCUCGUUCAGGGGUGGAGUUGUUUCAGCCCGACUUUUAACGCUGUUGAUUUUGUUAGUUUUUACAUCGAGUUACCCUUGUUUGCCUUGAUGUUCGUCGCGUGGAAGUUGAUUAAGAAGACGAAGUUCAAGAAGGCGAGCGAGAUGGAUCUAGUUACUGAUGUGUAUACGAAGGACGACGUAGAGCCGGAGGAGGAAGGAUGGGGUGGAAGGGCUAAGAGAAUUGGUGAGGGAUCUACGAAGGAUUCCGAUACUCUCGUUCAAUCAUCGCAGGUUGGAGAUGAUGUUGAAAGUGGAAGCAUGGCCCCGCGUGUUGGUGUUGAUGUUGGUGAACAGAACCAGGACCAGGAAGAAGGUCUUGUAGAGCAUAGCGAUGAACAAAACCAAAAUGCAUGGCAGAAAUUAAAGGAAUUCUACGAAAGAAACAUUGGUCUCUUCUUCGUAUUCCUCGCCCAAGUUUUUGCAUCGCUAAUGACAAUGACAACACGACUACUCGAGACGGGCUUUGAAACAAAGUUUCACGCCUUGCAGAUUAUUUUCGUACGCAUGCUUGCAACGGCGAUAUUGGGUUCUCUGUACAUGUGGUACAAGAAAGUUCCCGAUUUUCCGCUUGGCCGUCGCGAUAUCCGGGGCCUCUUGGUGUUGCGGCGGGGGUUGGCUGGCUUCACGGGCCUUUUCUGCUCUUACUACUCGCUAUCGUAUUUAAACAUAUCAGACGCUACAGUGAUUUCCUUCCUGGUACCAACUAUGACCGCCUUCGUAUGUUUUAUAGCUCUGAGAGAACCAUUUACGGUGAAAGAGGCUAUAGCGGGUUUGAUCGCAUUCGCUGGUGUGCUCUUCAUCGCCCGACCGACGUUUCUCUUUCCACAGCAUGGAUCACAUGAGCCGGAGCUCAACGGGACGAGGCUAUUUAUGGUAGACCAGCCCAAGGGCAUAGUCCCCUCUGUACCUGCAACACCGGCUGAACGCUCCAUCGCCGCGCUCUUGGCCGUCAUCGGAACAUUUGGCGCCGCUACUGCGUACUCUACCAUUCGAGUUAUUGGGAAGCGCGCGCACUCGCUUGUGAGUGUCAACUACUUUGCUGUCCUUGCGACUGUUGGAUCGUUCGUUAUUAUCCUCGUUGUUCCGGAUUUGCACUUUGAGAUCCCUCAGAAUGUUACGCAAUGGACUUUGCUAGUAGCCAUAGGUAUCGCCGGGUUUUUGCUACAGUUUCUCCUGACGGAGGGUCUGCAGAGGGAGAAGGCGGGUAGAGCGACGAAUCUCAUAUAUACGCAAAUGGUUUUUGCGCUCAUCCUCGAGAGAGUGAUCUGGGGAACUACACCUCCUGUCGAGAGUCUCUUUGGUAGUACGUUAAUUAUCGGGUCUGCUAUAUGGGUUAGUCUACAGAAGAGUAAGACGACCACCAAGCAGAAAGCUCUGGUUGCCGACGAAGAGCGGAGCCUUUUAGGGGAUGAUGCUCCUACAGAGAGUCGUGAGGACUAA